AUGUAUGCAGUCAGAGCGAAAGAGACAAGAGGCAACAAUUGUCUUGGGGCCGACCAUGUCGAUCCGAUGGGCGACAAGGUCUGUGCCAAUAGCGCUGGAUACUGCGUGGAGAAGAGUCUACGGGCGCUGUGCGGCGACUUGACGUACCAGUUCAAGUCGGGACUGCCCAAGGUGUGCUUUGAGAGCGCCAAGAAUUGCGACUUCUACAGGGAGGAGACGGUCAAGGGGAACGCAGACAAGAACAAAGCGCUCAAGUGUAGUGAUAUCAUCUGCUGA